UAGUGGAAAGCAGCUCAGUGGAUUGUGCCGUCAUGGGGCGCACGGUGACAGUGCAGAAAUCUGUGUACCUCUGGUGCUUUCUGAGCAUCACUGUGUUCCACUCUGUGUCAGCUGGAGGUGCUUAUUGUGCUAAAACAGCAAGAGCUCGGGCAGCUGCUUUGGGUCUGGAGUAUCCAGGAGUCCAUGGAGCCCCUGAUCUCUCUGCACCAGUUCACCAUCAUCCUACAACUUUCAGUUAUGCUCCAUUUGCUGAUCCCAACAUGGACUUUCGUGUCUACGAUCAGCCAAGAGAAAGCCCCUUGGACAUAAUGUAUAAACAAGUGGAUCCAAGGAGCUUCCUGCAGGGCCACGGCACAUCAGUUCCACGCAGCUAUAACAGCUUUCCUAGAGAAUUGUUGGAUCGAGCCCCCGAGUCCAGUUUUGAAGAGGUCAAGCAUGUUGCCCCCAGCCUGUUUGGCGCCAUGACUCUGAAUCCCAGAAGUCACAUGAAUUCACCUCCAUUUGUCUACACUAAGCAUGACCUUGUGGUUGACGAGUCUGCCCCAAAUAGACAUGGCGUGCCUUCCAGUGGACUUGCCCCACCCCAAAGCCGGGAUCACCCUGCUGAUGAAAGUAGUCCGGCCAGGAACACCCAGGGCAGACGAGUCCCAUUGUUUCAUUCGUCUCGUCUUUCGUCAAAAGGUGGAGCGAAGCUUGGAGCUCCCAGGUACGGUCGUUGGAAGAUGAUUCAGUUUCCUCGUCAACCUCAUUUGCAGCUGCCCAAUGUGCUUAAUUCCAAACCGUUUUUUACAGGAAAAACUAUUCUGAACUCUGUAAGGAAAACGAGGCCAGACUUUAAAAUUAUGUGAACGGGUGCUUGACUCUGCACAGCUGCCUUGUUAGUGUCCUCGUGACAAAAGUUAACAGGAAAGCCAUUUGCAUGGAGGGGGGGAGAGAGUCUCUUUUCAGAAUUGUGCAGUUUUUGUGGGGUGGCUUUUCAGAUGAAUGUAAAACCUCUGAACAAGUUCAUGUAUUGUUGCUACCUCACCUGUAACUGCAAAGUGAGCCAUGUUCUCUCUUUUUUUUUUAUAAAAAUAAAAUAAAACUACUUCAAUUCCAAA